GAACACAAUCCCUGUGCUACUACUGGGAUAAUGGGAUAACUGAGAUGUUAUCCCAGUUCACAGUGUGGCCAGCAACACAUUAUAUCCGUUUCAUUGGUCAAUUUCAGUGAGGAAUUCCGGCCGAGGUGAAACUUACCCGAGCAUGAUCCUUUACAGAUAGCCCCGUCUCAACAACACUCCCGGCGAAUAUGGCUGAAACAUGUUUUCCUAUCGCUGUGAGGACUGGACCUGACCUUCCAAACCUGGGGGGAGGCAGCUGGAUGGCGACCAGGAGACAGCUGGAGUACCUGGCCGAGGAGCUGAAAUGCUGCAUUUGCCUGGAGCUGUUGAACGAGCCGGUGGUGCUGGAAUGCGGCCACGACUUCUGCCGGCCGUGCAUCACCAGGAGCUGGGCCGGGCAGGAGGGCGGUGACUGGGGCUGCCCGCAGUGUCGAGCCGUCUCCCCGUGCAGGAAGCUGCGGAGCAGCCUGUCGCUGGCCAGUCUCUCCCGGAAAGUGAGGGAGCUACAGCUGCAGCCUGAGCCCCCCCGGGGGGAGCAGGCGGAUACCGUUUGGUGCCCGGACCACCAGCAGGAGGCACUGAAGCUGCUGUGUGAAACCGAUGGCCAGCUCUGCUGCUUGCUGUGCAGGGACUCCGGGAAACACAGGCACCACCGCUUCAUGCUGCUGAGCGAGGCUCAACCUAUUUACAAGGAAAGACUGAAAUUAUCAUUGAACUCAGCUACCAGAAGGAAACUUCGAGUGCUCAGGGCUAAACUGAUGCAGAAACAGGAGAUUUCUAAAGUUAAGGAACAGUCAAGCAGCCUGCAGGCCCACAUCACAUCUGAGUUUGCGAAAAUGCACGAGUUUCUCACCAGGAAAGAACAAUGUUUACUUGGAGACCUCAGCAGAGAAGAGGAGAGGAUUCUAAAUGCAAUGGAGGAAGCACUCAGUGUAAUCCAACAGGAGCUAGACUGUGCUGAACAAGAGAUAUCAGACCUAGAGGCACGAAUGAACCAAGAAGACAUAAUCACAUUUUUGGAGGUGGAAGCAUCUCAGAAGAUUAGCAUUGCAUACAAGAAAUAUCCUACCUUGCCGUUUGUUGAUGAGGGCCUAUCUCUCGGUGUAUUCAAAGGUCCUUUACAGUACACAGCUUGGAAAGAAAUGCUAGACUGCAUCAACCCAGCUCCUGCCUCUCUGACCUUGGAUCCGAGCACGGCUAAUCCCUGGCUCAUCGUGUCUGAGGAGCGGACUGGGGUCAGGCUCGGAGACAGAUGGCAGGAUGCCUCCGACAACCCAGAGAGGUAUGACCAAUGUGUCAGCGUGCUAGCCUCGGAAGGGUUCACGUCAGGCCGACAUUACUGGGAGGUGGAGGUGGGGGAGAAGACAGAAUGGGACUUGGGGGUGGUGGCCGAAUCCGCCAGCAGGAAAGGCGAUAUCGCGGCCGCCCCGGAGGACGGAUACUGGAUAAUUUGGUUGAUAAACCGCACAGACUAUGUGGCUUGUACAUCUUCUCCGACCCACCUCAACGUGCCCAACAAGCCCCGGAAGAUCGGAGUUCUCCUGGACUACGAUGGGGGGCAAGUGUCCUUUUACGACGCAGGCGACAUGUCCCAUCUCCACACCUUUACCCACACUUUCGGGGAAAAACUCUACCCUUAUUUCAGCCCAGGCCUGGCUGACGGAGGGAAAAACACCGAAGAGCUGAGAAUCUGCCCUGUUAGAGGUCUCUCCUCCGUUUGAAUCCAGCCCAUGAGAUCGCAUUACACCUCCAUGAGCUGGAAGCACGAAGGGACUAAUCCUAGGCGCUAGUUCGUCCACUUACGGUGAAUUAUUUUUAAUUUUGCAUAAACCUUGCGGGCGUUGAGAAGGGUUGUAGGCUUAUAUUGCAAACUGGGAGUACUUUAUUCGGAUUUAAUGCAAUCUCCAUCUCAAGCAGUAAUGCCAUUGAAUAAUAAACUGUAAGAACUACACAAAAAUGGACAAAUUCUGAUAUUCCAUUAAACCUCAAUAAACAAAUACUACCAGGA